AUGAGUGCCGCCAUAUACUCAUUUAUCAACUCCAUCACCAAUAGCAUCACUUCUCGAUACGACAUUAAAGCGCAAAUCUCAUCUGCUGGUCUAUGGAAGAUCUAUCUUGGUCUCCGUAAAACUACCGGCAAGCACGUGGCGAUAUUUAUCUUCGAAAAGCGAUCCUUGGAUACUGGAUUUCGACGUGAACGAGGUGCAUCAAAGAGCGACACUGAAAAGGUCUAUGAACUGCUCAAACGAGAGGCGAGCAACUUGGCACGUUUACGACAUCCUUCCAUCCUCGAAGUAGUCGAGCCUGUAUCUGAAUCACGAUCAUCGAUUGCUUUUGUCACCGAACCAUUGCUUGGCACGCUAUCACACUUGCUCAAGAUGGAAAACAGCUACUCAUCUUCGAGAUCUGAUACCACAUAUGAAAUCGAUGAGCUUGAGAUUCAAAAAGGAUUGUUGCAAGUGGGAAAAGGAAUGCAAUUCAUGAAUGAUGCCAAGGUGGUACAUCACAAUCUUACUCCGGAUGCUAUCUUUGUGAAUGCCAAGGGAGAUUGGAAGAUUGGAGGGCUUGGAUUUGGCGUAUUUUUGAACAACCCGGAUGAUGCCAGCCGAGGAUCAAUGUACGAAUACAACGAUUAUCUACCAGAGCCUUGUCAGAUCAAUUUGGAUUAUGCUGCCCCUGAAUAUGUUCUUGAUGGCGAAGUUUCAGAAUCCAAUGACAUUUUUUCACUGGGAUGCUUGGCAUACGCUAUUCACAACAAGGGUGUGGCCUUACUGCAAACAUUCAACAAUCUAAGAACGUAUGAACGCAAGAUCCAGUCCUUGAGCACAACCAGUUUUAACAAGAUGCCAGUACAUUUACAAGAGGUUAUUCGCCGUCUUUUGGCAAGAUACCCAUCACAACGUCUUACACCUGCCGAGUUUCAGAAUUCAAAGUAUUUUGACAACAUUCUCGUAUCGACCAUGAAAUUUUUGGAGAGCUUCCCUGAAAAGACGCGUGAAGAGAAAUCGCAAUUCAUGAAAGGUUUGCCGAGGGUGUUGAGUCAAUUCCCGGAGCGUGUAUUGAGGCGAAAGAUUUUACCAUCACUCUUGGAGGAACUCAAGAACCACCCAUUGCUACCCUACACCAUCCCAAAUGUGUUUCUCAUUGUGGAGCAGCUCAAUCAACGUGAAUUCUGUGAUUUGGUGCUACCGUCUUUGAAACCCGUAUUCAGUGUGCGUGAUCCACCCCAAAACAUGAUCGUGUUGCUCGAGAAGCUUGAUAUCCUGCAGCAAAAGACACCAAGAGAAACAUUCCGUGAUGAUAUCAUGCCUCUGGUUUAUGCAGCAAUCGAAGCGCCGACAGCUGUAGUACAAGAAAAGGCACUACGUAUUGUUCCAAAGUUGGCAGAGUCAUUGGAUUAUACCACCGUCAAGAACUCCCUUUUCCCCAAAGUACAGAUGCUCUUUGCACAAACCACUAUUCUUUCAGUCAAAGUCAGCUGUUUGAUCUGCUUCCACUCCAUGAUCAAGGUUAUUGACAAGUAUACGAUGCAAGAGAAGAUGGUCCCAUUGUUGAAGAAUAUCAAGACAAAGGAGCCAGCUGUCAUGCUGGCUACAUUGGCUGUAUAUGAUGAGUUGGGCAAAUUCUUGGACAAGGAGAUUAUUGCCACCGAGAUUCUACCGCAAUUAUGGCGUAUGAGCUUUGGACCAUUGUUGAAUCUUGCUCAGUUUCAAAAGUUUAUGAAGACGAUACGAGAAUUGACGAAUCGUGUUGAGGAAGCGCACACACGGCAUUUACGAGAAGUCAAAUCAUUGGAGGAUCAGACCAAGAGUACUAGUACGGCAGCGACAUCAUCUGCAAACGGCAAUGGUGUUGUAGGUGGUGGUGAUGAUGUAUCAUUUGAAGCUCUCGUGCAAGGACAAGGAUCUCAAUCCAAGACAUUGACACCUGAUUUAUUCUCGAGUGAGAUUGGUAGCAGCAAUCCUCCAUCACCGGCAAGGAUGACACCACCUCUUGCAGCUACGAGUGCACAACCACCUAGCAAUCGUUCAUCAUUUGGGUCUUCCCAUGGUGGUGGAUGGCAUAAUACAAGCACGCAAAGCACUUUGAUGCCGACCUUAUCUCCUUCAUCCAGUCCAAUGCGUCUUCCUCAACCUACAACAACCACAGCCACUGUUAUGGCCAAUGCCUCGCCCAUGAAUUCCACAUUUCGACCAUCUCAUAUGACAAGCUCCACCACCUCUUCUUUGGAUUGGUCAAUGUCCAAUAACAAGAUUCCUUCCCUUGCUGCACCGCCAAGUUUCCAAAACACACCCGCUUUACCCCCUCCUUCCUCAACAUCCUCACUCAUGCCAAGUACUGCUACUACUACUACGAAUACCAUGGCUCCAACAUCAUCUGGCCCUAACUAUAAUGCUUUCCGUGGAAUGGGAGCAACAAUGCCAUCAUCAUCACCCUCACUUACGCCUACUACUUUAACACCAAACACAUCACGUCCUUCAAGCAUGACCACAUUACAACCAUUAUCCAUGAGCAACCAGUCGUCAGGCCAAUCAUUGCAACCCCAAUCAGGACGCAAGUCUAAUAAUCUGAUGGCAUUUGAUCCCCUAGGAUAG